UCUAGCGAUCUGAUCGGAAUCCAGGGCUGGUUGAGUCAGACAGUCGCGACCAUUUUCUGCGGACACUGCAGCGGUUCAAUUCCCCUUUGUUCCAGAAGGACAGAGAUUGGCUGUCUCUAAGCGCCUGGCACUUUAGAACAGAGGAGUGUGGGAAAAAAAUCAUUUAGUAUUCUUUUUCAGAAUCAGUAUUUUUAGCCUUCUGUGAUGUAUUGUGGAGUCUACAACAGAAGCCCUAUGGAGUUACUGGCCUGUGUAAUGACUUGCAUAUUGAACUCAAUAUAGUGAAGCGGUUGGCUUCCACUACAGACUGUCAGGCUUGUCUGGACUCAAAGCACUGGCCACUUUUUCCUAACUCCUCUGUGGGUCCAGUAAAGACUGGACGUUACUGCCGAUUCAUGGAAUAAGGACGGACCAGGUCACGGGAAAACGAUUUGGAGCGCGCGUCAUCUUGCCCUAUUUUGUCUGCACAUCCUCCUCUUGUUUGUUCGCUAUGUGAUUGUAUGAGGACAUCAUCGGGGCACAGUGAGUACUCGACUGCGGUGCUGUAGCGUCUUGACCGUCGUGCUGCGAACGCGUCCUUUUAUAUACCAUAGCUGCUCAGCAGGGUGUAGAGAGAAGAAAAGAGCAACAUUGACUCUGGAAAGGCGGAGUGUACCUGUGAUCCGGCCUCACUCGUGGCAUCUGGCUAAGCUGUCGGAGCCGUCCAGCACUGCCGCCCCAGACGCUCCUCCUGCCAUGCAGCUCCACCCGGUGCCCUUCAGCGUACCGUGGCACUCCGGGGGCGACAACAGUGACCUGUCCAUGCAGUGGAGCCAGCUGUCCCGACACUGCAGCACCGACCGCAGCAGCUCCCUGGGCAGCAUGGAGAGCCUGGACCCGCCCAGCCAGGGCUACUACGAGAGCCAGCUGUCGCCCGUCGACCCGGCCAUCUUCAACAACAAGAGGGACUCGGCCUACAGCUCCUUCUCGGCCAGCUCCAACACCUCGGACUACACGGUGGCCAGCUCCAUGGACAACCUGCUGCACGGCCUGAGCCGCUGCGCCCAGCCCGCCGCCGAGCCGGGGGACUUCGCCGAGGAGCCCGCCGCCAAGUCGCACUCCCUCUCGCGGCUCCCCGAGGCGCGGGCCCGGCCGUCGUCCUUCGCCUGCGCGGAGGAGCGGGCCGGCGGCGGGCCCCCGCAGCCCCCCGCGCGCAGGGACAGCUUCAGGGCCACGCGCGGCCGCCCGGGAGCCGCCGACAAGCGCUGCGCCUCCGCCCCCGUGGACAUCCUGAGCCUGGCGGGCUGCCGGGGGGAGGGGCCGGGCGAGAGGGCGUGUCCCUGCGAGCGGCGGGGGGACGCGGCCUGCAGGGGGAGCAGGCUGGACCAGUACUACAUGCUGAGCUCUGAGCUGGAGCCCUGUCGCGACUGCAGCCGCGCGAGAGGGCGGGGGGAGGAGGAGGAGGGGAGGGUCACGUCCGCCCGUGUCGCGGCCCCGGAGAGCCGCUCCCCCGCCUCCAGCCCCUCUCCUCCCCAAAACUCGCCGGGCCGGAGGAGCGCCGAGCACGCCCCCCGCCAGCCCCCGCCUCCCGAAAGCAAGCCCGCGGCGGGCGGCCACAGGCACAGCGCUCCCGAGAAGCUGCUCUCGGAGGAGCUGCGCCUGCUGGGGCUGCCUAACGGCCGAGCGGAGAGCGGCCCGUGGCCCAAAUCUCCCCCCCGCCCCGCGGAGGCGCCGGGCAGCCCCGGGGCGGGCGAGGCCGCGCAGGGGAGGUGGGGCGGGAGCAGGUGCUCCACCCCCGGCUCGGUGGCUAUCUCAGAGGCGGAGGAGCGCGCGGCGGAGACGGAGGACGGCCCCGGGCCCACCUCCGCCCAGUCCCCCGUCCCUCGCUCCUGGGGCCGCUCGGUCAGCGUGCCCGGGGACGCCCCGGCGGGUCACCCCCCGCCCGGCUGCGCCCCCGACCCCGCGGCCCCGGCGUUCGGCGGGCUCAGCGCGGCGGCCAGCGCGGACACGCUGCUGGAGGAGGGGCGGGAGGAGCCCCGCCCCAAACCCGGCUCCUCCCGCCAGCAGCGCUCCUCCAAGGCGCGGAGGCGCAGCGAGCGCUUCGCCACCAACCUCCGCAACGAAAUCCAGCGCAAGAAGGCCCAGCUGCAGAGGAGCGCGGGCGGCCCCGAGACCGUGCAGGAGGAGGAGGCGGCCGAGCCCGCCCCCGAAACCCAGAUCCGCCUCGCCCCUCAGCCCUCCCAGCCCUCCCAGCCCUCCCAAACCCGCAGUUACAGACCCCUGUCCCCAAACCCUGCCCCCGGCCCUCUCAACAGGCUGGUCUCCAACUCCACGCCCCAGCUGCACCCGGAGAAGAACCUGUAUGAUGCGCUGGACCCCUCGUGGGGCCUUCAGUGCCCGGGUUGGAGCAGGGGCCCGUCCGCGGACGAGCCGGGCCCCGCGGGCAAAGCGGGGCGCUGGCGCUGGACUCCGCAUCACAAGCUGCAGCCGGAGGCGGAGCUGGAGAAGAGGGGCGCGAGGGCGGGGGUCGUGGGGGGCGCGGCGACGCUGGGGCACCCGGUCCGGCCCGCCGCGUCCGCCCCGCGCUCCUCCCGCCUGGACGAGUGCGACAUACUCCCUUUCGCCGACCGCCGGAAGUUCUUCGAGGAGACCAGCAGGAGCAUGUCCGUGUCCAACCUCCCAGGCCUGACGAGCCGACGCCAGAGGCCGGAGGGGUACGGGAGACGACCCGGCCCCGCCCACACGGAAACGCCCGCCCCGGAGCCGGGGCGCAGGCGGUACUCCUGCCAGGGCUUCGCUCGGCAGGCAGUCGCCCCCCGCGGCCCGGCGGAGCCCAGGAGGACGAGCGUGAGCAGCGGCGUUCAGGCUGGGGGGGCCGUGGACCCGGCGCGCAGGCCUGCCGACCCCGAGCCCCAGCGGCGCCCCCCCGCCGACGGAGACGACGGGCCCCCCUCCCGCGGCCGCGCCCAGUGUUCCUACCAGCGCCGCGACGGCCACGCCCCCCGCUCUGCUUUUCACCCCGUCGCUCCUGCCACUGUCUCCGCCUCCCAGGAGAGCCCGCGUUCACGCCUGGGACACGAGCAGAGGAGCCGCACCCCUACCGACGCAUAUCCUGUGAGGGAGCGGGAACAAACAAAACUCAACAGGAAGUUCAGUCUGACUGAGAGGGACUACACGUGGUGCAGAAGAGACCUCCAGGCAGCAGAGGGCGCUGUGCAGCAGGGAUGCCGGUCGGGUGACUCGAGGGGGUCUGAGAGGCUGUCUGCGUGCAGCGCGGAGGAGCCUCAGGCGGCGCGGUACCCCCAGCGCGGACGGGCGCUGUCGGAGAGCGACAUCCGGCUGGACUCCCAGCGGCUGUGCACGCGCUCCGCGGCGUUCGCGGCGCCCGCCCUGAGCGAGCUGGAGGAGAGCGCCGGCGCGCCCCGGAAAAAGGCCCCGCCCCGCCCACCGCCCCCCAACUGGGAGCAGUUCCACCGCAGGAGGGCGUCGCACCACAACCUCCUGUCCGCCUCGUACCAGAACCUCCUCUCCGCCGCUCCCUCCCCGCCCAGAGACAGCCCCGCCCCCCAGCACCCCAGCCCCCCCUGGCCCGAGGGCUCGUCACGCCACCUCUGUGCCCCCGAGCUGACCCGCCCGCGCUCUCACAGCCUGCCCCCGAGGGAGGAGCCUGAGAGCCGGGAAGCACGCAGCCCCGCCUUCGUGCGCCGGGCCUUCAGACCCGUGGCUCCGCCCCUAAACGAGUGCGAGCUGCCACUCCAACGCCCUGCUCCGCCCACACUCCCAUCUGAGCCCUACACUAUACCUGCUGACCCAGAGGCUGCCGCCGCGCCCGACAGACCAGCCGUGUCGAAGCCCGCCCCCCCGGCCAAACGCGCCGCGGCCGAGUGGGAGACGCAGAAACCCGCGAGCGGCAGCCGGCGCGGCUCGGCGGCCCCCGCGGCAGACGGCGGCUCCCACAAGGGGGUGCUCCCGCCGCAGUCUUACUUCUCCGUCAGCUACGAGCAGCAGCAGCAGCAGGAGCAGCAGGAGCUGUACCGCAUGCGCGGCGCGGAACCAGAGCAGCGGACCCCCGGCGUGGCCACCAACGGGCCGUUCGAGACGGACAUCGACGAGUUCCGGGACGAGGCGGCGGAGGAGCCCGUGGCGACGGAGACGCAGUGCUUCGCCCGGCCGGUGACGGUCCUGGAGACGGACAUAGACACCCUCCCCGAGGCGGAGGCCCCGCCCGCGGCCUUGACCAGGACCCCCCGCGGCUCCCUGGUGGAGGCUCUCUUGGUGGAGGACUCUGGGUCCAGGACCCGGGCUGACCUGAUGGAGGAGCUCUUUCCCCACAGCGCAGAGGGAGAGGCCAGCGGGGAGACGUGGAGGGGCGGCCACAGCGCCUUAGAGCUCAGUGUCAACACUCUGGAGCGGCGCUCCAGACAGGGGUCCUCUAGAACACAAGGCCAAGGGUCCUACUGUACCAGCGCUGCUACUAAGGCUGAACUGCUGAACAAGAUGAAGGAGCUUCCAAGGAUGAACGUCAGAGACGAUGACGAGGAGCUCUGCUACAAGCGCCAGCUGAUGGAGAGCCUGCGGAAGAAGCUGGGCGUGCUGCGGGAGGCCCAGCGGGGGCUGCAGGACGACAUGCGGGCCAACGCCCAGCUGGGCGAGGAGGUGGAGGCCCUGGUGCUGGCCGUCUGCAAGCCCAACGAGGUGGACAAGUUCCGCAUGUUCAUCGGGGACCUGGACAAGGUGGUGAGCCUGCUGCUGUCCCUGUCGGGCAGGCUGCUGCGCGUGGAGAGCGCCCUGGAGUGCCUGGGCAACGACUCCGCCCACCACGAGCGGCUCCCCCUGCUGGAGAAGAAGAAGCUGCUGCAGGGCCAGCUGGGUGAGGCUCAGGAGCUGAAGGAGCACGUGGACCGGCGGGAGCAGGCCGUGUGCAGGGUGCUGGGCCGCUGCCUGACGCCCGAGCAGCUGCGCGACUACAGCCACUACGUCAAGAUGAAGGCCGCCCUGCUGGUGGAGCAGCGCCAGCUGGAGGACAAGAUCCGCCUGGGCGAGGAGCAGCUGCGGGCCCUGAGGGAGAGCCUGGGGCUGGGCAUGGGGGUGCCCGUGGGCCUGGGCUACGGCCACUACUGACCGCCGCAGGGCCUGGGGAAGGGGCUGGGAAGGGGCCCCGCCAAGGGGAACCCGCACCAGCCAACUUCCUCUCAGUCGGGGACAGUUUGGUCAGGAUGUGUGAGAAGGGAGCUCAUUACAAAGUGAUAAUGACGCAGGCGCCAGUGUUAGAGCGUAUGUAACUGCCAGGGAACUGCCCUUCUCUGCCAAAAGCAAACUGUGGGUGUUGCCUCGUGUCUCUGUGGUCCUCUGUUGGUAACACUAAGGUGAAGUAAUCCUUGCCUCUCUUUGUGGAUUUUGGUCCCUUAUUGGUUGUAUGAAGUUUGCAGCAUUGGACCUCAGAGUGGUGUAUUUGUUACUAGCCAAUGGUAACCUCAAAAAUUGCACACUACAUCCUACGGCCAAAGUAUUUUAUUGUGUGUAGACUGAAGAAGUGUCCCUCUUGGCACUGCUAUUUAUUUAUUUAUUUAUCUGUGAGGAGAGGUGUAGUUGUGUUCUCACAACUGAUUGAUAAUCCUCCUGCAUUCCUUUAAGCUGGAGACAGAACCGUGUCCCCAUCUACAAAAGAAAGGCCUAUUUUAACCCACACUGCAUUCUGGGACUUCUUAAAGCAUCAACCAUCUCACUGCCAUCUUCCAGAGUGUGCCAAGCCCAUCCUAAGGAUCAGAGGAACUUGGAGACUUGCCAGAGGUUAUCAGGCAAAGCCCUCCACUGCCAAACCCAACUCCAGUCUGCAGAGUUUCUAUGGCCUGUGCUUGCCUUUUGAGUCAUUUGGGUUUUUUUUUUAUAGCUGAAACGAAUGCAAAAACUUACGCGUGGAAAGGGACCAAAGUAACAGUGGUGUGAAGCUAAGGACAGAGCGUACUGCAGUUGGAUUGAAUAGAGGCUGCAAAAGCGAACGUAGGUGCCCUUAACAACGGGAUGAAGGUUUUGAAACUGGAAUCGGUGCUCUCAGCACGCAGGAUGUGGCCAAGACAAACUCAGGCCCCCACCUGCGUCCAUGCUGCUGCGCCAAGCUCAUCCCACAGCCCUAAUAUCCAUACGCUGCAGUGUUUACUGGGAGCAGGGAGGGAAACAGCAUGUUUAUAGUACUGUUUGGGAAAGGAUACCUUAGAGCCAGCAGCGAUUUGGCCCAAGGAAAGUGAAACAGUCCAGUAUAAAGAACGUAGUUUGAAACCAAAAUCCGAUUUUUAUGGUGCUGGUCAAUGCUCAGGAUGCCAUGUCCAUCCUGACAGCGUAGAAAUGUGGAAUCUGUGAAGCAGUCUGCUGUCUUGCCAAAAAGUGCCUGCCUACAAUAUACAGCAUGGUUUCCAGUCCAAUGCUACAUAAAUAAAUCUGCCAUCCAUAUGCCCUGUGUCAUAUUUAUCCUCUUACUCUGGGAUGGCAUUGCUCUUAAAGUCGCCAAAGAUUUAUUUUUUAAUAAACCCAAAAACAGAAGUUGUCGUUGUCCCUUUGCCUGAAGGAAUGCUAUUUUGUGGACCCUGACUUGCCUAAUAGUUUUCACUGGCCUUGCUGUCGGCCUAUUGUCAGACCUUGAGAAGAAGUGCAUUUUGGAGGUGAGGAGUAGUGAGCUUCAUGCUAACGUCGUGUUAAAAAACCGUGUCACCGUCAUUUUCGGCAAACACUAUUGAGAAUUUUUGUGCUGCCACAUGUUUAAUUCGGCAGCCUGCACAUACACUGUUUCCCAUCGGUCUUUAGCUCUCCAUACUUCCUGUUCUAGGCGUUAGUGAGAGCGGCUUUCCCUGUGGCGGUACAACCUUCCGUUCCACUGUGCUGCAUAUUCCCGAAAAGCCGCUAGUUCUCGUUAACCAACUGGAGAGAAACUGGACAUGCCUCAGACGUAGAAAAGAAGAAAAGGAAAAAGCUGCUUUGGAUUUUUAAUUUUUUAUUUUUUGGAUAUUUACUGCCUUUAGAGUUUUGCAUUUUUGCAGCAGAGGGGAUGUUCUGGUAUAUAUUGUUGUCCUUUGGAUCGUUCAGUUUCUUAAUGUACUGUGUUUUCUUAUGCCAGGAUAGAAUGGAAGUGUUUAAAUGUUUUAUUGGAAUUAUGCAAUGAAGUACAUAUCUGUACGUGUAGAUGUGUACUGUGUGUAUAUGCCUGUUUUUAAUGUUAUGCUCAGUUCCACAUUCCAUAAACACUAUCCAACUGGAAAGCAAUUGUCAGUGAAGAGAAUGGGACUGUGCUUUUAUUAUAUUUUUAAUGCAUUUGUUGAUUCAUUGCAAAACAACUUUUGUAUGUUUGAAAAGUACCAUUAAUAAUAAUACUAUUUUAAUCUAAA